GCUCCACCCAAUCGCAUCUGGCGAUGGGACGGUCCGGGGUCCUCAAGCUGACCAUCCCUACCAAUUCGGGUGCGACCAAGAGCGGAAGCAAGCGCCCCUCAGAUGUCGUGGUAGUGCCAGAGAAGGAGGUCGCGAGGGAUCAGCGGAAAUUGAAAGGCAUCCAGGUUGAUCCGCCCGUCAGCCAGAAAAGGCAGAAGACAACUGAGCUGUCUUCCAGUGCGCAAUAUUCCCCGCAUUCAACCUCAUCAGCUGAGCCGGCGCGCCGUGCGCUUCUUACCAUCGCCGAAGGACUCGCGGUUCCGAGCGAGUAUGUGCGAAACCCGAGCGGCAUUGCCACCACCUCCGAAACUCGUCAUCUCCCCGGGGUGACCGCCCGGUGCUUCUUCGCGGCUCAAUUUGGGAUCAGCCAGCUCAUAUUGACAACCGAGCGUCUCUUGGAUGACCUGGGUGACCGCGAGACCCGCAUCUUGUCGCUCGAAGAGCAGCUGAAAGAGGGGCGCGAGGGCUUCCUCCGAGAACUGCGGGAUGAGAUCUUGAAGGAGCAGGAGGCAGCUUCCCAGGUGAAGGACGCGGAGCUGCAGACCGCGCGAGAGGAGCUGGCCAAGGCAGCAUCGGAGCUGGAGCAGGCGAAGAAAGCGGCACAGGAUGCGGCCGCGCGGGAGAGCCAGCUGCAAGAUAGGGUCAAGGAGCUGGAGUCGAGCAUGACUCAACUUGAGGUGCAGCGGGAGGUUGACAUUGCCGAGGUCAGAGCGGGCGCCGUGGCCAAUUUCUAUGAGUCUGAUAGUUCAAGGCGGCCGAUGAGGCUAAGUACCAGAAGCUGCUGCGUGACACUGUGGCCUCCAUCCGACACCUGUUCCGCAGAGAGCAUCCCUACGUGAUUUGGGAUCGGAACGCGGUGUGGGAUGCGGUUGAGCUUUGGGGUGACAGUGAUGUAAACUCCGAAGUAGUGCCCCAAUCGCAGGCCGCGGCGUCCGCUGGCGGAGAAGAAGUGAACCAGCCUGCCUCCCAUGAGGAUAGCGCCAUUAAAUCCCCAACCUAACU